GGAAGUUACUAAGAACGCCCUUCGUACUCUUCUUCUGUCAUAAAACUUCUAGCACAACCCAAACCUAUCAUGGAGCACGAGAUCGAUGCCUGGAUCGAACAACUCAGUCAGUGUAAACAACUAACAGAAGCAGACGUAAAGAAAUUAUGCGACAAGACGAGAGAGAUCCUUAUGGAGGAGUCAAACGUACAGCCAGUACGAUGCCCAGUAACUGUAUGCGGGGAUAUCCAUGGUCAAUUUCAUGAUCUUUCUGAGCUAUUUCGUAUUGGCGGAAACUCACCAGAUACCAACUACCUCUUCAUGGGCGAUUACGUGGAUCGAGGGUACUACUCUGUCGAAACAGUAACUUUGCUUGUGGCACUCAAGUUACGGUAUCGCGACCGCGUUACAAUUCUACGGGGAAAUCACGAGUCCCGACAAAUCACGCAGGUGUACGGCUUCUAUGACGAGUGCUUGCGGAAAUAUGGAAACGCUAAUGUGUGGCGGUUCUUCACCGAUUUGUUUGACUACCUUCCCCUUACUGCCCUCAUCGAUAACCAAAUAUUCUGCCUGCAUGGCGGUCUCUCACCUUCUAUCGACACAUUAGAUCACGUCCGCUCAAUCGACCGUGUGCAAGAAGUUCCUCACGAAGGUCCCAUGUGUGACCUUCUGUGGUCUGACCCAGACGACCGGUGUGGUUGGGGCAUUUCACCCCGCGGGGCGGGGUACACCUUUGGGCAGGAUAUAUCCGAGGCUUUCAACCAUAAUAAUGGAUUGACCCUUGUCGCCCGAGCACAUCAGCUCGUCAUGGAGGGUUAUAGUUGGGGUCAAGAUCGGAAUGUCGUGACAAUCUUUAGCGCACCGAAUUACUGUUACAGAUGCGGUAACCAGGCGGCGAUCAUGGAGAUAGAUGAAAAAUUAUCAUACAGCUUCCUACAAUUUGACCCAGCCCCCCGAGCGGGAGAGCCGCUGGUUUCACGGCGUGUUCCGGAUUAUUUCCUGGUACGUCAUUGACUCUCAUAAAUGCGGAAUGUCGUAUGUCUAACCUUCCCCACUAGUGAUGUUUGCUGCCUGUCGAUA